GAGAGCGCGGUAAAGGAGUCCACGCGCUCCUCGCUGUUGAGGACCGCGGCCAGUUCCCGGGGGUGUCGAGCCGGCCCGCGGCGCUAUGGCUCACGUUGGCUCUCGCAAGCGCUCAAAGAGUCGCAGCCGGUCCCGGGGGCGAGGGUCGGAGAAGAGAAGGAAGAAGAGCAGGAAGGACGCCUCGAGGAGCUGCUCGGCCUCUGGAUCCCAAGGUCGCAAGGCCAGCAGUACCUCCGGGGCAGAGGAGAGAAGCAAGCACAAGGCCCGGAGGAGACCACGAUCCAGCUCCUCCUCCUCUUCUUCCAGUUCUUCUAGCUCUUCUUCCUCCUCGUCCUCCUCCACUUCCUCCAGUGAUGGCCGGAAGAAGCGGGGGAAGCACAAGGACAAGAAGAGGAAGAAGAAGAAGAAAAGGAAAAAGAAACUGAGGAAGAAAAGCAAGGAGAAGGCAGAAGUGCAGCAGGCGGAGGCUCUACCGGGCCCCUCCCUUGACCAGUGGCACAGAUCAGCUGGGGAGGAGGAGGAUGGCCCAGUCCUGACAGAUGAGCAGAAGUCCCGCAUCCAAGCUAUGAAGCCCAUGACCAAGGAGGAGUGGGAUGCCCGGCAGAGCGUCAUCCGCAAGGUGGUGGACCCCGAGACGGGCCGCACCAGGCUCAUUAAAGGAGACGGUGAGAUCUUGGAGGAAAUCGUAACCAAAGAACGACACAGAGAGAUCAAUAAGCAAGCCACCCGAGGGGACGGCUUGGCCUUCCAGAUGCGAGCCGGCCUGCUGCCCUGAGGCCCCAGCUGGUCAAGGUCCGUGGACAGUGCAGGUGGCCUGGAGGCUGCAGGGUGGACGGCAGCAGCCUGAUCAGUGCCAUUGCCUUUUCUGCUAUGCCAGUCCUGCUGCCUGUCAGGUGCCCAGGGUGGAGGAUGGUCCCUGGCCUACCUACUCAGCACCCCCAUCUGGAAGAGCACAGCUUCCCACAUAGUAAAUGUGCCCUAGUUGUAGACUUUCUCUGUGCUGUUGCUUUUGUGCUGAGGGGGAGGGAGGGUGCAACACAAUUUCCAGGGAUAAACAUGGGCUCCAGGGGCUUUUGAAGAGACUUGGAGUGUCCCCUAGUGGUAGCAUAGGCCACCGCACCCACCUCUGCCCUGCCCAGCCUCAGGUCAGCCCGCCUGGACAUGACCCUGACACCGACACCCACCCCUAGCUGAAUCCCAAACCCAGAGCCCUGGCUCUUCAAUUUGAUUCACUCGGGCUUGGAGGGAGCCUGCUUCCCUGGCCAUGUUUAUUCCACAGACCAUGGCAGUGUGGGGCCCAGUGGUCUGGGUGGGCAUUUUGGCUCUGGCCUACUAGCUGUGUUCCCCUCUGUAAAGCAGAGAGGCAGAGAGCCCCCGCCCCACUGGACUGCAUGAGGAUUCACUGAGUUCAGAUCUGGGAGGAGGUGGAAGAGGGCUUGGCCUGUUGGUGUUACUGUAAGUGUAGCUGAUAUCUUUGCCUGGGAAGGAUGGCCUCGCCCCACCACAGGGGCUGGCCAUGCCCUCCCAUCCCCUGUCCCACCCUGUACCCCAUACCCCAUGGUUGCCGGUGCAGUAAAGAGACCCAGAAGGAA